CGUGUUGUUGCGGAAGUGCUGGUGAUGCUCUGCUCUGUCAGUUGAUUUCAUUCCUCUGAGCAGAUUGAACUCACCGGUCCGUGUUUGUAGCCACAUCGUUUAUAUCUACAUAUUAAACAACUGGAGCAAUGGCGGCUCUGAAAUACGCAGGUAUGGACGAUACAGACAGUGAGGACGAGUUACCGCCCGGGUGGGAAGAGAGGUCCACGAAAGAUGGAUGGGUCUACUAUGCGAACCAUGAUGAGAUGAAGACACAGUGGGAACACCCCAAGACUGGAAAGAAAAAGCGUUGUGCUGGAGAUUUACCGUAUGGCUGGGAGCAAGAAACUGAUGAAAAAGGACAGAUCCUUUAUGUUGAUCACAUUAACAAGCGGACCACGUAUUUUGAUCCGCGGCAGGCAUUCACAGUUGAGGAUGUGGUGGUGAAGCCAAAACGAUACGAUGGAAACACUUCUGCUCUCGAGAUCCUGCAAGGUCGCGACUUCUCUGACAAGGUUGUCGUCAUCACCGGGGGCAACUCGGGUGUCGGCUUUGAGACGGCCAGGUCCUUAGCUCUUCACGGUGCCCAUGUGAUUCUGGCUUGUCGGAACCUGUCCCGGGCCAUCAAGGCCUGUAGCCUCAUACAGCAGGAGUGGCACAGAGCACGUGUGGAAGCCAUGAUGUGCGACCUGGCCUCUCUCCGCAGUGUCCGGGAGUUUGCUGAGUCUUUCAAGACCAAGAAGCUGUUCACAGACCUUUUUGACUCAUGUGGUAAGGUGGACCUCUCGCUGCUGUCUCCCCCGAAGAAGGAGUACUGGUCCAUGCUGGCGUACAAUCGGGCCAAACUCUGUAACAUUCUCUUCAGCAACGAGCUCCACCGCCGCCUCUCGCCUCAUGGCGUCACCUCCAACGCAUUGCAUCCUGGGAACCUGAUGUACACCUCAAUCCACCAGAGCUGGUGGCUGAUGACCUUUCUCUUUACGCUGGCCAGACCUUUCACCAAGUCUAUGCAACAAGGGGCGGCCACCACGGUGUACUGCGCUGUGGCCCCGGAGCUGGAGGGGCUGGGAGGCAUGUACUUCAACAACUGCUUCCGCUGCCUGCCGUCCAUGCAGGCCCAGGACCAGAGCAGCGCCGCCAGUCUGUGGGAGCUGAGCGAGCGCCUGGUGGCAGAGACGUCUGCGGGAAUACAGGCCCUCUGACGGACAUGAGGACGAGGAGCAGGAUGAGGAGGAGGAGGGGGACUAGCCAAAAAGUAAUAAAAAUCAUGGGGACGUCCAGUUAGAUAUAAACUGAAGAAAAGAUAACUGCACUCUGACUGCACUAUACAAGAGCUGCCAUCACGUGACUACAGGGGCUAAAACACACUACAUAUACAGUACGGGGGGAGGGGGGGUCCAUAUACACUCUAUUGAAUAAAAAUCUGUUGUGUUCAGCUCUGUUGUGGUACAUUACAGCGGGGGGGGGAAUUCAGGGGUCUUACAGUUUCUUCUUUCUCUCUUUUAUAAACUUAAAGGCAUCUGAUUCCAGUAUUAGUGAAUAUUCUGUCUUUCCAAUUAUUGUCUGUGUUUUCAGUUUCCUCUUGUCUAGCUCUACGUAGAUGAUGAUGUUUCUUCUCCAGAUACAGUGAGAGUUGUUUAAUCAUUGUGCUAAAUCUUUUUUGGGCUCAAAAGAAAUAAGGAGUAAUGGGCAUGUGACACUUAUGGAUAUAUAAACACACUAGAAGUAGGAUCCUUAUGGCUAUAUACAAUAUUCUGCAAUAGUUUCAUUUCUUAUCAAUGUCCCUAUUCGUUUACUGUACAAUAUUUACAUCCUGGUUUCGGGGCAUGUGCUAAAAGGGUGUGGACAUCAUAUUUUUUCUGUUCGCAAUUGGACUCAGCCUAAGUAUUAAUAAUCUAUACUCUGGUAAGUCUUAAUCACAAUUUGGAGGUAUUUACGGGAUGACCUGUGUCCAUUUGAAUACAGAUGGUGGAGAAUCUUAUUUCCAGAGUCUGUGAUCUUUAAUUUCUGUGUUUCCUCCCUUGUUGUUUGACCAGAAAAAUAUGGGAUUUCAGUCUCUUGGUUUUUUUUUUUUUUUUUUCUUCAUCGUUGUAUUAAUGUUGAACUCUGGCUUUGGGUUUGUUUCUCUGUUUGGACGCUUUUGAGACCUUGUGCUUUGUGGCAGUCGGGAUGCCGUAGGUUGCUCUUGAAACAUCAGCGUUCCAGUGUCAUAUCUGUAAAAAAACAAACAAAAAAUAUCGUGAGAUAAGAAUCAGUAAGUAACAUGUAUGUGAAAUCUUUUUAACCACAGAAAGUGAAAUGUCCAUUCAUGUGCGCUCCAUUGAGGGAGAUGUAUGUGUAGAGAGCUGAUGACUAAACAACACUGGAGCCACGUCGCUGCCACAGUUUGAUGAUACAAAAUAAAAGUAUAUCAUUUUUC